CAUGAAUUGAAGUUUAUAAACUUGUCUGAGCAACGAUGACGGCAAUAAUUCGAACCGCACGGAAAGGUAGCGUAGUUGGUUUGUGCUCCCUGUUUCUGGAUACAGUCAAACACCUGUGGAUUAUUAAACCUCAGACUGGGAAAAAGCAAUAACCUGGAUGAUUUUGCGGCUAUGGAAAGACUAUACUAACUAAAUCUCUUCGGUCAUUCUGUCGAUGCCUCUUGAUUAAGUCUAUUUUAAUCGUGGAUUUGAAGACAUUCCAAAUUCGAAACUAAUGUGCAUACGGUAAGAUCGGAGAGCUUUGUCUGCAUCACCUUAAUGGCCGGUGAUAUGGAAGACCCCAUAGACUGGUCUACACUGUAGGAUGGUUGCACAUAGUAACGUAGGCAAUGCAUUAGCAACAGAUAACAGAGCAAGGAUUGAUCUUUCAGCACCUGAUACCUUGCCUCACCAGCACAGGCAGCGACAAAAUGUAGCCCCCAGCCCAGAGAGCCAGACACGCUUCAGACCUUUUCGAAAUCAGAAGGACUUCCGAAUCAUCACAAUGACUACCUCUUUGCUGGAGAAAUGUGGUUUCUACUGGGGUCCCAUGACCGUAGAGGAGGCACACUCCAUACUGAAAGAGGAGCCCUUGGGAACAUUUCUGAUCCGAGACAGCAGACAAAAAGACAUCUUCUUCACACUCAGCUACAGGGCUCCGUCUGGGCCCACUAGCAUACGGAUCAAUUUCCAGAACUCGCGUUUCAGUCUGGUCGGCAGUAAGGAGUCGUUCGACUCACUCUUCAAACUGUUGGAACAUUACAUUGCUUCACCCAAGAAGAGUCUUGUUCGUCCUUAUAGGAAAGUCAAAUUGCUAUCUUUGCAAGAAUUGUGCCGAAAAAGGAUUAUUGAAACAUGCGGUAGAGAGAAAAUAGACAGUGUCCCGGUAAACCCUGUCCUCAAAGACUUCCUAAAUGCCUUUCCUUAUCGGAUAUGAAUACACGUCCAAAUGCAUUAAAUCCUUUGCUUGAUAUGUGGGAGAUACUUGAUGGUUUAUGUAUUGCUGGUUUGCCUUGUUUUUAUAAACAUACUGGUUCAAUAUUGCGGUGUACUUGCAGCUGGAGUUUGCACCUCAGGUUUAAAUUUCUAGACCACAAAACUGCAGUUCAACUGGAAUAAGUCAUCCUCAUUCUGCAGCUUUGGACAGUUGCUCCAGUUGGUAUUCAGUUCUUUGGUCUAGAAGUUUAAACCUGAGGUUUAAACCCAGACUAAGCACACUACAACUGACCCAUUAAUUUUUGUAGCAAACUAAUGUAUUUUGAAAUAAGACUUCAACACUCUACAUUUUUUUUAUUUACACCACACAUCCAUGUUUACACUAUACAGGGGUUUGUUUUCUCUUGUUGUAUUUUAUCUGCUAUGCAGACAUUCAUUUAAUUUUAUAUAGAAUAUUGAAAAUAAAUUUUGUUUUGAAAAUUUAAAA